ACAAAGACACCACAGCGUCGGAUUGGGAAGAACAAAAGACAAGAGAUCUCACACCAAGUGAUGGACCCAAAUUAUGACAACAGUUUAAAUUAAAAACAGGCUUGAUUUUCUUUUUCUAUCCAUAGUUGACCCAUUAUUUAACAUUGCAUAUUAUAGGAAGGGGACAUUACACUGCCGUUAUCCGGGAGAGAGUGAAGCUUGAGCGGUGAGACGUUCUAGGACUGUAGUGUUUCCAAUGGCUUGGUGUUCAGGGGCAGUGCUCUCUCUGUGUCAAGUCGUGGUCCCGGUGCCUCUGUAGCGUUUGGGACGGGCAGGGACUGGGUCGACGGUUGAGGACGAUGACUGUCUUGGAUGCUGCUAGCUGACAUAGAGGAGAAUUCAACGGAAUCUGACUGGGCAUAUCUCUCUUGUACAUGCUGGGUCGUUACGGAGGUGGAUCGUUUUGGAUGGGUAACAUCACUCCCUGAUCCUCCCUGUCCCGGCCCACCUAUUUAACCCCUAACCCCUGAUCCUCCCUGUCCCGGCCCACCUAUUUAACCCCUAACCCUUGACCCCAUCCCUUAAUACCCUAUUCACCAUGACAUCAUCUACAUCCUGGCCUCAGCUGCUGGCCUUCAAACUGGCCCCUCCACCACAUGACCCGGGGAGCCCUGAGAGGGUGGUCAGCUGUGACGAGGCCAUAGAGCGUCGCUACGAGAUCGUUCCCUCUGUGGUCUGCUCCAUGUGCUGCCUCUUCGGCAUCAUAUACUGCUUCUUUGGCUACCGUUGCUUCAAGGCGGUGAUGUUCCUAACAGGCCUGAUGUUUGGCUCCGUCGUCAUCUUUCUGCUGUGUUAUAAGGAGCGUGUCUUGGACACCCAGCUGAGUGUGGAGGCCUCGGUGGGCAUCGGCCUGGGCAUCGGUACCCUCUGUGGCCUGGUCACCAUGCUGGUACGCUCGGUGGGACUAUACAUGGUGGGGCUGCUGCUGGGACUACUGCUGGGCAUCGCCUCACUGGUGGUAAUGGAGGAGUUCCACCACCCCCGGACGGUUUGGGUGCCCCUGGGGGUGUUGUUGGGGUCAGGCAUGCUGUUCGCCGUCCUCACCCUCCAAUGGCAGCGCUUCUUCACCACCCUCUCCACCGCUGUGUUUGGCUCGGCUGUCAUCACCGUCACUGUGGACUACUUCAUCGAACUGUUCGCCCUUGUCAGAUACAUAUUCGAGAGGAUCAAGGUGGCUCCGCCCCGUACUGUCUGCUGGUUCACCUGGGUCAUCAUGGGGGUGUGGCCUGUCCUGGCAUUGCUGGGGGUCCUCAUCCAAUGGAAGGUCACCGCCGAGGGAUACUCACACACUGAGGUGGUUCUCAGUCGCCAGCAGCGGAGGGUCCAGUUGAUGAGGAUCCACCAGAAGGAAGAGAGGAUGCAGAAAGACGUGAAGAAGAAGAGGAAGAAGAAGAGACCGAAGCAACAGCAGCAGCAGAAGCAGCCGGGGCACCUCCAGCAGCAACAGUACCACCACCCUCCUCCACCUACCUACCCUCCUCCUACCACCACCACCACCACCACCAACACCAACACCACCAACAAGGCCCUCCUCCCUGAGCCUAUCACCUACCACAGGAAACCAAACCCCAUCCGACGCUUCGAUGGGGACGUGCUGUCGCCUAGUUACAUCUCUAGUUUCAGGGACAGACAGGUGGACAGACGGGGGUACCCUCACAGCGGCAGGCCCAUGGCCAGGCACCACAUGGCUGACCGAGCUUCGACUGUGGAUCCCAAGUACCCCUGACCACCCCCAAUGGACCGGCUGUACAAGUGUGAUAUUGACAAUACCUUCAUAUCCUGUGAUAAUGACAAUGCUCCUACUGGCCUGGAGUGGUACUAUUAGUCCCUUCAUGGUCUCAGAAUUUAACGUUAAUCUCUGGAAUAAUGUAUUCUGAGGUGGAUAUAGAAGUUGAUGUCAGCUAUUCCCUUCUUUCACAGUUCACACUGAAGCAAUCAGUGUCCAGAUUGAGAUUGACCUUUGAACCCUGGACUGACUUAUUCUGAAUGAUGUCUUCCAUUCUCCUCUCUUCCAUUCCGUCCUUAGUCUAUGGUUUACAUGGGCUGUGUAACAUCUAAACCCUGCUGUGGUUCCUACGUCUAAUUUUUACAUUUACAUUUUAGUCAUUUAGCAGACGCUCU